AUGGCUUCUCGGUGGCCAGCUGUGGGGGCUUCCCUGCGUCGGAGGUCUCUCCAGAACCAGGAGCGGUUGGAGGAGAGCGAGGCCCUGCAGCCUGUAGCCAGCCACCUGGACACCUCCAGCGGGGCCCUGGGCUCCCUGCGCAGACAGUUCCAGAGGCGGCUGCCCCUGAGAGCAGUCAGCCUCAACCUCGGGGUGGGCCCCUCCUGGAAACGCCUGGAAACCCCAGAGCCAGGGCAGCAGGGCCUCCAGGCUGCAGCUCGCUCAGCUAAGAGCACCUUGGGUGCCAUGUCCCAGAGGAUCCAGGAGUCCUGCCAAAGUGGCACCAAGUGGCUGGUGGAAACCCAGGUGAAAGCCAGGAGGAGGAAGAGAGGGGCCCAGAAGGGCAGUAGCCCCCCAGCUCACAGCCUAAGCCAGAGGAGCACCUGGCUAUCUGUGGCCGCCCCUGCCCACUCAACCCUGGACCCCCGGGAGAAAGAGUACCACCGCCCGUCUGUCCAGAUGGGCCCCCAUGCCCACCCUUGGCAACGGUCCAGAAGGGAGGCUGCCUUCCGGAGCCCCUACUCCUCGGCAGAGCCCCUCUGCUCCCCUAGUGAGUCCGACAGUGACCUGGAGCCCGUGGGGGCAGGAAUCCGGCAUCUCCAAAAGGUGUCCCAAGAGCUAGAUGAGGCCAUCGUAGCGGAGGACAGUGGCGACAUGACUGUUUCUCUCAUCCGAGACUGA